GAACCGGAUAACAUAACGGUGAAUGUUUAACUUAAUAAAAAUCGUAGAUAAUAGAUAAAUACGCACAAGUAACGUCGGUUUAAAUUUAAAAUAAGAAAAAAAAGAAAGCGGGAAAUUGUAUUUAAUAAUAAUAAAACUAAGAUAAAACCCACAACAUUAAAAUAAAAUCCCAAAACGAAAAAUAAUUAGAAAAAAAAAACAAAACAAGAUAAAAUGAAAAGUGUUUGUGUGUCUAAGACUGAACACCAAAGCUACUUGUGUGAGUCAUUAGCAUUCAACCAUUGUCCAUUCAGGGGUCACUGAGAAAAACAACAACAAACAUCCGGAAAAGUUUAAAAUCAAACUGUAAGCUGUCACCAGAAAUGAUUAAUCGCCAAAUAUUUUAAUCAGGGGAUGUGAGUUGAUGAAAGGAUAACACGAACCCCACUGAACCCUGUAUACGCAUUUGUAUUGGAAGAGAGAAAAAUCAUCCUUCCUUAGAGUGUGUGUUGUCUUCGACGGUCUUUGGCAUCAUAACAACAGUUUAGUAUCAACAUGCCAUAAAUGAUGCUCCAUGCAGUACUUACAUCAAGUCUUACAUUUAUAUUUGACGUGUGGAUGUGUUGGUGUCUUGCGUCUCUAUGAAGUCUGUAGUCAUUCAUAAAAAUCAAAGUUGUAAAAAAAUGUGCGGACAAGUGUAAAGACUCACAUCUAAAAUACUAACUACGAAAAUUGUUUAUACUGCCCCCACCAAGCCAAGAAACCGAGCUUUUGGUGAAGGAGUAUAAAAUUACACUACGUAAUGCAGUCAUCUUGCUUCCUUUUGACUUCUACUCCUCCAGACAUAGUCGCUUAGAUAUUUUGCGUCUAAGAAUUUGAUUUUAAACGAGAAUUCCGCUCAAUCAUCAUCCUCAUCAUUUGUCCAUCAGUCGUAGCCGCAUCAUCAUCGCAUAGCCAUCAUCAUUGACAUUGACAUCAGCAACGGCGGUGUAGUGGUGAGAGCAUGGUCUAUGGCAGGAGCAUAGCGAUUGGCGUUUUCUUUUUGGCCAUUGUAUGCACAUUGUCAGCUAUAAUCUUCUAUUUAAGUUUGGGCCCCUGCCCCACUGGCACUUUUGCCUGCGACAAUGGUACAUUGUGUGUGCCUCAGCGUCAGAUAUGUGACCAUCGUCGAGAUUGUCUGGAUGGCAGCGAUGAACAUCCCGUUGAGUGUGGCAUGCUCUAUGGCAGCAAACAAAUGACCGAUAAAAUUGUACGCAAUGCCAUUGAGAGGCGGCGGCAAAAGCAACAAAAACAAUCCGCCUUUGACGAUGAAAUGGGUCAGGCCAAUGCCACCGUUGUCACCAGAGCGGACAUGGAGCCCAGUAUCACACAGGAGGAUUUUAAUUUUAAUCAAACCAAAACGAAUCUUGCAGAUGAACAACACCAUGGACAACAACAUGAACAACAACAUCAAAAGCACAUGGUAAAAUACAAUAACAAUAGUCGACGUCGUAAUAUCACUGCUCUUUGUGAAAUCUCAACAUAUCCUACCAAAUGUAUCUGCCGUCUACUAACAGUACUCUACUGUAGCUCUAAUGCAACACUAACACGUAUACCAAAAAUAAGUGAUGAAGUCACAACCCUAUUUAUAGUCAACAAUAAUAUUACAUUGCACGAAAAUGCAUUUGCCUCCAAUACAAAUUUACAAACAUUAAAACUAAAGUACAAUAACAUCCACUCAAUGCCGGUGGACGCUUUUCAAAAUCUCUCCAAACUGGAAAGACUUGAUAUACGCUAUAAUACCAUAAGCACAGUGCCAGCGGGUGUUUUUCGUGGUCUCAAUGCAGUACAGUGGCUGUUUUUAAGCUCGAAUCAAUUGAGAACAUUGCCCUUUAAGGAGCUAUCCAUAGACUUGCCCUCACUGGAAUGGUUAGUGUUAAGUGAUAAUCUACUAACGCUGGAAGGCGAGAUAUUUCCGCCCAUGAAGAAACUUUUUGAAUUAUAUCUCGAUUUCAAUAGAAUCGCUUACAUUGGCGAAAGAACCUUCACCCAUUUGGAUAAUUUGCAUUUGCUAGAUUUAAAUGGCAAUGUCAUCACACACAUACACCCAAAAGCAUUUUGGGGUUUAACGAAUAUACGAGACAUACGCUUAAUCGGUAAUCCUCUGCUAUAUUUAAGUGCCGAAACUUUUGUACAAAACUAUUAUUUGGAAGCCUUAUCUUUGGCCUAUACACCUCUAAAAGUUGACCAUUCAUUUUUGCAGUUCCUCAAUGUUUCCUAUCUAAAUUUGAAUGGCAUUAAAUUCGAAUCAAUCGAAUUUGAGGCUAUUCAAAGUAUGCCCAAUUUGAAGUACAUAGUCUAUGAUCGCUUCUAUUUUUGUUCUAUGACACCGAAUGUGAGACGCUGCAAGCCCAAUACAGAUGGUGUAUCCUCGUUUAAGGAUCUGUUGAGUAAACCUGUACUACGAUAUUCGGCAUGGAUAAUGGCCGUUAUAACCAUAACAGGCAACAUCAUGGUGCUUUGGGGUCGUUUCAUCUAUCGCGAUGAAAAUAAGGCUGUGACCAUGGUCAUACGAAAUCUAGCACUGGCCGAUAUUUUAAUGGGUUUUUAUCUGCUGAUUAUUGGCAUGCAGGAUCAUCGUUAUCGCAAUGUCUACCAUAGGGUUGCUCUUGAUUGGAUUACCUCAUGGCAUUGUGCUGCUGUUGGUGCUUUAGCUGUUAGCUCUUCCGAAGUCUCCAUGCUGAUACUGGCCUUUAUGUCAUUAGAACGUUUUUUGCUUAUUGCUGAUCCAUUUCGUGGUCAUCAUCAUAUUAGUGUGAGAAAUAUAUUUUUCGCUCUGCUAACCAUUUGGGUAAUGGGUGUGGGUAUUGCUGUGGCUCCCGUAAUUUUAUGGCAUUCAAGUACAAAAUUUUAUGGCACCUAUUCGGGUACAUGCUUCCCAUUGCACAUACAGGAACCAUAUCCGCUGGGCUGGCAAUAUUCGGCGUUUAUGUUUCUGGGAGUGAAUCUAUUUCUUUUGAUAAUGAUUGCUUUCUUGUAUACGGCUUUAUUGGUGUCAAUUUGGAGGACACGCAAGGCAACGCCGCUAUCAUUACUCGACUGUGAAUUUGCGGUGCGUUUUUUCUUUAUUGUCCUGACGGAUGCUCUGUGCUGGGCACCCAUUAUUGUGGUGAAAAUAUGGGUAUUCUUCAAUUAUAAUAUUUCAGACGAUAUUUAUGCUUGGCUGGUGGUAUUUAUUUUGCCUUUAAAUUCAGCAGUAAAUCCCCUAUUGUAUACUUUUACCACGCCAAAGUAUCGCAAUCAAGUAUUAAUGCGUGGAUGGAAGAAAAUAACAUCACGUAGACGCCAUCAUCAGGAGCCAUCUAAUGGCAUGGCCACAACUAUUGCCACUGGGACAGAAGAAUCAAGUGGAAAAGCUAUACCACUGGUAUUUAGUAAAUGAAAUUCAAUGAAUAUGGAUGGACGAAUCUCAGCCAAUCACAUCUACACUCACAACAACUCGAAAUGCAUUUAUUUUCGUUGCAAAACUUGUUUUUACCAAAAAAAAACAAAACUUUAGCAAAUUGAUUCUCAUUUUAAACGAUUUUGUUUUUAAAAUGACAAUGGAACUCAA